AUGGAGCGCUCGAAGAAACCGACUGCGAUCCCCGUAUCCUCCUCUGCCCCGGGACCCAGCGUCUCCGUCCUCGAGAACCGGGUUGAAGCGUCUCUGGCGACGGGAGAGUCAAUUACUAUCAACUUGUUCGGGGCUACAGUGACGUCGUGGAAGCUCGCUGAGGGAUCGGAGCAGCUUUUCCUCAGUGAGGGAGCUCAUCUGGACGGCUCCAAGCCCAUCCGCGGUGGCAUCCCCCUAGUCUUCCCGGUGUUUGGCCCGCCUCCGAGUGGACAUGCGACCUCUGCGCUGCCGCAGCAUGGCUUCGCGCGGAACGUCUACUGGGAGUUUCUAGGCAAGUCGACCUCCGAGACCGAGGGAGAUGCCAGCGUCAAGCUCGACUUUGGCCUUUCCAAAGGGAUGCUGAGUGAGAAGUUCCAGAAGGACUGGCCAUUCGAGUUUGGACUGGUGUACAGUGUCACCCUCAGUCCCCGGAGUUUGACUACUUCGCUGCAGGUCCAGAACAAGGGAACGGCCUCUUUUGAGUUCCAGUCUCUUCUGCAUACAUACUUCAGAGUAGAUGACAUUUCAACGACUCGGAUUGCAGGCCUUCAGUCAAAGUCGUAUGUCGACAAAGUUCGCGGUGCAUCCACCUUCACUGAAGAGUCCGAUGCCAUUGCCAUCUCCUCCGAGGUCGACCGAGUCUACCAGUCUCUUGAUCCCGACGUGCCUGUCGUAGUCACCUCUUCGGACAAGCCAGUCUUCUCCAUCACCCGGGAAUCGUUGCUAGACAUGGUUGUCUGGAACCCGUGGAUCGAGAAGGCCAAGGGAAUGGCCGACUUCACCCCAGACGAAGCCUACAAGAACAUGGUCUGCGUCGAGGCGGGAUCCGUAUCUGGAUGGCAGGUUUUGGAGCCGGGUGACAUGUGGGAGGGAGGACAGACGAUCCGGUGUCGGCUAUGA